CGCAAAUGAAGUCGGCAGUUUCAUCGUCACUCUUUUCCAAUUCGAAGAAUCUUUUAAAACCUGAUCCUCUUUCUCUCCUCAAAUCCGUUUUUCUCCCUAAACCAUCACUAAGAUCGAUCGUGAAACUCCCAUCUUCAUCACUCUCAGGUCAAAGAUCCAUCUCCACUUCCAUCAUGGCAUCAUCUUUCAAACCCGAACAAGCUAGAGUCCCCUCUGCUCUCCCCCUCCCAGCUCCUCCGUUGACCAAAUUCAACAUAGGAUUGUGUCAGUUAUCUGUAACGUCUGACAAAAACAGAAACAUUUCUCACGCGAAAAACGCUAUAGAAGAAGCUGCUUCCAAGGGAGCUAAGCUUGUUCUCUUGCCUGAGAUUUGGAACAGUCCUUAUUCGAAUGAUAGUUUCCCGGUUUACGCGGAAGAUAUUGAUGCAGGUGGUGAUGCUUCUCCUUCAACCGCUAUGCUUUCUGAAGCUUCUAAACGUCUUAAGAUCACUAUCAUUGGUGGGUCUAUUCCGGAAAGAGUUGGGGAUCGUUUGUAUAACACUUGUUGUGUCUUUGGUUCUGAUGGUGAGCUCAAAGCUAAGCAUCGAAAGAUACAUUUAUUUGAUAUAGACAUUCCCGGGAAGAUUACUUUUAUGGAAUCAAAGACUCUUACUGCUGGAGAGACACCAACAAUUGUUGACACAGAUGUGGGGCGUAUUGGAAUAGGCAUCUGCUAUGACAUUCGAUUCCAAGAGUUAGCUAUGAUAUAUGCUGCAAGAGGGGCUCAUAUGCUGUGCUACCCAGGAGCAUUUAACAUGACAACUGGACCUCUCCACUGGGAGUUACUACAAAGGGCAAGGGCUACGGAUAAUCAGUUAUAUGUAGCGACAUGCUCACCUGCUAGAGAUUCAGGAGCUGGCUACACUGCGUGGGGACACUCUACACUCAUCGGACCUUUUGGAGAAGUUCUAGCUACGACUGAGCAUGAAGAAGCAAUUAUCAUAGCAGAGAUUGAUUACUCUAUCCUUGAACAACGAAGGACAAGUCUUCCAUUGAAUAAACAGCGUCGUGGAGAUCUCUACCAGCUCGUAGACGUACAGCGCCUGAACUCGACAUGAAUGUAGCAGAGUGUGUGUGUACAUCUUGAGAUGUUUGUCUUUUGAUUGUUUGAGAGUCUUUGGUUACUUGCAAACUUGUUAGACAUGUCAGCUCUCUGCAACUUUGUAGAGAUGAAAUAAAUAAAAACAUGAUGCUUGAGUUUAAGUUGAACAAAAUAAAAGAACUUCUGCUCAAAA